AUGCCCACACUGGACCGAAGCAGCCAGCUACGCACAACGGCUCUCAAGAGAUCGGCUAGACAACGCCACAUACCUGAACCGAAGAGGGCUCGCAAAGAAAAUAUUGUAGCUGUGCCUGAGGCCACAAAGAUGAGCGAACAAAAUCCCGGAACUAUACUCGGACUGGAGAAGAUUAAUCACAGACCCACCACAGCGCAAGAUACGACCGAUCGUCAGCUGAUUCAAUGCGAAAGCACGCAAAGCGAGAAAUUGGACCAGUCCAAUCGCGACAAUGCCGUGCUUGCGAAACACAAUGAAGACGCCUCCGAACGUAUUGCACUAUUGUGGAAGAAGAUUUCCGAGCUCACUGCUUCUAUCGCAUCAGUGAAGAAGGAAAACACCAUCCAUUGGCAGGUUCGAGCCGAACUCACUGCUUCUCACUCCAAGCGGUUUAAUGAACAGCACGAGUAUGUAGCAGAGAACGCGAGACUUCGAGCAGAUAAGGUGCGCGAUAUGGGAAAUAUUGAGAUAUUGGGAGCCAGCCUUCGGCAAGGUGAGGAACAGCGGACGCAACUGCGGGAACGCGUGACAGGACUGGAGAAGGACAGAGAGACGCAGCAGGAAAAAGAAAAAAAUGUGAAGACUCAGAUAUCAGGCCUGGAAAAGAACGAAAAGACACUCACUCAGGAGAUAAACGAUAUAGAGAGUCAGCUAUUGGAUCUUGUCAAGGAGAACACGACACUCAUUGGGGACAAGAAAGGGAUGGAGAAUCGGAUAUCAGAACUUGACAAAGAUAUAAUGGCGCUCCUUGAGGAGAAGAAUGGGAUGAAAGCGGCCUUCACAAAAUGGAUGUCGUAG